CUGGACAACUGGGGAGAUCACAACUCUGUGCUGGGCAGGACUUCUCAGCUACCUGCAGUAGCCAGCAUGUCUUUAGUCCUGCUCUCCAUCCUUGGGCUCAUCAUUCAGACUCAAGCAAUAGCCAUAAGACAAACACUUGAAUCAGACCUGUAUGAAGUAGUUCAUCCUAAGAAACUACACAUUUUACACAAAAGAGAGAUACAGAAUAACCAAACAGAGAAGCAUAGCAAAGAGGAAAGAUAUGAACCUGAACUUCAAUAUCAGAUCAUGUUAAAUGGAGAAGAAGUCAUUCUUUCCCUACAAAAAGCUGAGCAUCUCCUGGGACCAGACUACACUGAAACAUAUUACUCACCUGGUGGAGAAGAAAUCACCACAAGACCUCAGAACAUGGAACACUGCUACUAUAAAGGACACAUCCUAAAUGAAAAGGACUCUGUUGCCAGCAUUAGUACUUGUGAUGGAUUGAGGGGCUAUUUUACACAUCAUGAUCAAAGAUAUAUGAUAAAGCCUCUGAAAAGCACAGACCGAGAAGAACAUGCUGUACUCACAUACAAUCAGGAGGAGCUCAACCCAGCUAAUCACACCUGUGGUGUAAGAAAUGCUGGCAGGACACAGGACCUUAUUCGAACCUCAAGGUCACUCAAAAUUCCAGAGAUAGAAGAAUUUCUUCAGGCUGAGAAAUACAUUGAUCUGCUUUUGGUGCUCGAUAACGCCUUUUAUAAGAUGUAUAAUGAGAAUAUAACUGUGAUAAGAAGCUUUGUGUUUGAUGUGAUAAACCUACUCAAUGUGAUUUACAAUACCAUAGAUGUUCAAGUGUCCUUGGUAGGUAUGGAAAUAUGGUCUAACAGUGACAAGAUAAAGGUGGUACCCAGCACAGGUGUCACCUUUAACAACUUUCUGAAAUGGCAUCGUUCUAACCUGGGGAAAAUGAAGACCCAUGACCACGCUCAGCUACUCAGUGGAGUUGGCUUCAAAACUCGAAUUUCAGGACUGGCAGCCUCGAAUUCCUUGUGCUCCCCAUCAUCCGUCGCUGUUAUUGAGGCUAAGAGAAAGAACAGUGUCUCUCUUGUAGCAGUGAUGUCACAUGAAUUAGGUCAUGUCCUCGGUAUGCCUGAUGUUCCAUAUAACACCAAGUGUCCCUCUGGGAGUUGUGUGAUGAAUAAAUAUCUAAGUUCAAAAUUCCCAAAGGAUUUCAGUACACUUAGUCGCUCACAUUUUAAAAAAUACAUGUUAUCUCAAAAGCCAAGAUGCCUACUGCAAGCAUUGGUUCCUAAAAAUAGGACAAAACCAGUGUGUGGGAACCAACUUUUGGAAGUAGGUGAAGACUGUGAUUGUGGCUCUUCUGAGGAAUGUACCAAUCCUUGCUGUGAAGCCAUGACCUGUAUGUUAAAAAGUGAAGUUAAUUGUGGAAAAGAGACUGAGCAAUAACAUAGGAUGAAUCAAAACAUCUGCUUCAUUGAGAUGCUACUUGCCAGGACAAGAAUCAAGAAAUCCAAACAUGCCAGGAAUCUUACAUAGUCUUACCAUUGUCCGUAACUGUAUUUUGCUUUUCACUUGUCCUUAUACUUCCUGUAAUUUUUACCUCUCCAGUCAGCAGGUCAAUAGAUGU